AUGAUUGAGACCCAACUUGCUCAAAUUGCCCAACAAGUAAGCAACACCACUUCCCCCUCUACUAAAUUUCCAAGCCAACCCGUGAUUCACGAGCAUGCCAAGGCCAUUACUUUGAGAUCCGGAGCAAAUUAUGAGGGGCCUAAGAUGCCUAGUGAGGUGAAUGAAAGCCCGGAAGUUGAGAAAGAAGGGAGUGAAGGUGAGGUUGAGAAGCUUCUUGAAGAGGUAAUAGUAGAGGAUGAAAGUGAUGUUGUACCGAGUCAAGAGAAAGAAGUUCAUGAGCAACGCAACGAGGCUAGUCAAGCGACACCCAAGACUUAUGUGCCUCCGGUUCCUUUUCCUCAAAGCCAUGUCUCAAAUGCCACUUAUGCCAAGUUUCUUAAGGAGCUCCUCUCCAAUAAGACCAAGCUCGAGGAAAGUGCUACUAUUGCUUUGACCGCCGAAGUUAGUGCCGUACUUCAAAACAAGCUCCCCAAGAAGCUUGAAGAUCCGGGGUCAUUUUCUAUUCCUUUGAAGAUUGGGACUUGGAGCCCAAGAGGGCCUUGGCGGAUUUGGGGCGAGUGUAGUUUGAUGCCCUUGUCCAUAGCUAAGCAACUUAAUUUUGAACUCAAGCCUACAAGGAGGGUCAUUCAACUCGCCGAUAGAUCGGUGAAGGUUCCUAUUGGAGAGUUGGAGGAUGUGCCGGUCCAAGUUGGAAGGGUCUUCAUCCCAUGUGACUUUGUGGUUAUGGAGAUGGAGGAAGACUCCCAAGUCCCUCUUAUACUUGGGAGGCCUUUCUUAAAACGGCUGGGGUUCUUGUUGAUAUGA